AUGAGGAUUCAGGAGAAACUUCUUCCACCGUCACAAGUUCCAGUGGAAAAAACCAACCGCACUCCAGCCAGCGCUCAGAGGAGGGGGAACAGAGGAGGAGGAAGAGGAGGAGGUGCAGAGAGGAGAUACAGAGAAGGAGGUGCAGAGGAGGAGGAACAGAAAAGGCAGAAGAGGAACAGUGGAAGAACAGAGGAGGAGGAUGAACAGAGGAGGAGAUGCAGAGGAGGGGAUGCAGAGGAGGGGAUGCAGAGAGGGGGAACAGAGGAGAUGCAGAGGAGGAGAUGCAGAGGAGGGGAUGCAGAGAGGGGGAACAGAGGAGAUGCAGAGGAGGAGAUGCAGAGGAGGGGAUGCAGAGAGGGGGCACAGAGGAGAUGCAGAGGAGAUAUAGAGAGAGGAGGAGAUGCAGAGAGGGGGAACAGAGGAGAUGCAGAGGAGGAGAUGCAGAGGAGGGGAUGCAGAGAGGGGGAACAGAGGAGAUGCAGAGGAGGGGAUGCAGAGAGGGGGAACAGAGGAGAUGCAGAGGAGGAGAUGCAGAGGAGGGGAUGCAGAGAGGGGGAACAGAGGAGAUGCAGAGGAGAUAUAGAGAGGAGGGGAUGCAGAGAGGGGGAACAGAGGAGAUGCAGAGGAGGAGAUGCAGAGGAGGGGAUGCAGAGAGGGGGAACAGAGGAGAUGCAGAGGAGGGGAUGCAGAGAGGGGGAACAGAGGAGAUGCAGAGGAGGAGAUGCAGAGGAGGGGAUGCAGAGAGGGGGAACAGAGGAGAUGCAGAGGAGGGGAUGCAGAGAGGGGGAACAGAGGAGAUGCAGAGGAGGGGAUGCAGAGAGGGGGAACAGAGGAGAUGCAGAGGAGAUGCAGAGGAGGCUCAGAGAGGAGGAAGAGCUCAGGAGACGCAUAGAGGAGGGGGCAAACAGAGAAGGAGGUGCAGAGAGGAGGAGGUGCAGAGGAGUGGGAAACAUGGAACUCUUAAACCCCCUCAGGCUGUGA